CAUAGCUCUAUUUUUUCCCCCAUUCUUUGCCCCAUAACCUCAGAGAGAGAAAGAGAAGAAGCGAUGUGAGUGAAUUUGAUAUAGAAAAGUUGAAAGAGAAGUAAAGAUUCAGUGAGAGUGAGAGAUAAGAGGAUUAAGAGUGAGAGGUUGAUCGAAAGGAGAGAAACCAAAGAUGGUGAGAAACAGAGUAUUUGGUCAGGUCAUGGGAGAAGUAGACAAUCCUGCAUUCUUCAAGAUUCUUCGAAGGGAAGACUUUUCUUCUGAACUCAUGAGAAUGAUUCCUCAUCACUUGAUAAGAAGCAUCUCCGACAAGUCUUCCUCGUUUAAGAUGGUCUUAAAAGUUCCGUGGGGAAGCUCAUGGCAAGUCAAAAUCUCCAAGAACCCAUUUUUUCACUACAUGGAAGAUCGUGGAUGGAACCAGUUUGUGAAUGACAACGGUUUGGGUGAAAAUGAGUAUCUUACCUUCACUCAUGAGGCAAAUAUGUGCUUCAAUGUAAACAUCUACGAGGCAAAUGGUAAGGAGAUGCUUAGACCAAGACAAUCUUCUACCGUUACUUCUAGUUCCGGUCGGAACAAGAGAGAAGAGAGGAAGAGCAUCUGCAUAGAUGUGAAGAAAGAAGUAGAGACAGAGUCUUGUUCUGAAUCAGGGCAUCCUGUUCUCAAAACGGCUGAAUCUACUAGUGGGAGAUCGAAGCAGAAACAGGAGCUUAACUUGAGAAAAAGGGAAACCAAGGAAACCACCAAAUCCAAGAAGCGUAAGAACAGGAAGGUGGAUACUGUUUCUAAUGAUUCUGAAGCCGGCACCUCAUCUCUUGUUCCAGAAUUCAAGAUCACCAUCAAGAAAUCACACCUCCUGUUCUUGGGGAUCCCGAAGAAGUUUGUGGACAUGCAUAUGCCAAAUGAGACAAAGGUGUUCAAGAUUCAUCAUCCGAGGGGAAAGAAGUCAUGGGAGGUUACGUAUUUUGUCACUGAUGUGCAGUCAAGAUUCUCUGCUGGAUGGAGUCGUUUCGCCAAAGAAUUAGGCUUAGAGGUCGGAGAUGUUUGCACGUUCAAGCUCAUCAAACCAACCGAGAUGUGUGUCAAAGUCUCCAAAGAAUAGACUCCAUGAUGAUUGAUGAUGUGUGAGGUGUAGUUGGAGAAUGAGUGAAGAACUUGUGUUUGGAGCAACAUUAUGGUCUGUGGUUCAAUGUUAGGACUAAUUUUAUAAUUGUCUUCUAUCUUGAUGCAGCGUAUUAUUAGAUCUUGUUGGGUCUUGGUGUUGUGUUUCUUGUCCAACAAGCUACGGACUUUACAUAGCUCUUUAUUAGUAUUUAUGUUCGUUUCUUAUUUUAUGUUAAGAAAAUAUACUCUUUACUUUUAGGAUUAGGAUUAGAAUAUUUGAUGUUUAUCUCUUCCUUAG